GGGGCAGCCAAAAAAGAAAAAGGAAAAAAAAAAAGUAUCAAAAGCUAGAUAUGCAUCUGUAUGGAGUGACAUUCCUACUUUUGGCUGAAAGUAUAAUAUGUACACAGGCACUGACGUAAGAAAUAACCCUGGAUAUUGAAGCAACCACAAGCAGUUUUACAUAGAAUAUAAAGUAUAAGAUGGGGGAGCAGGUUGCAAGUUUCUAGAAGUUCCUAGCUUGUCCUGAGGUGCCAGAUCCUCUGGACCCUCUGAAAGGGGAGUAGGAGUAAAAUUUAAAUUUUCUGUAUUGAUUCUACUUUAUUAGCCCCUGUUCUGACCAUAUUGGCUCCUGGUCUGAAGGAGACCAUUAAGGAUGCUCUCCAGGCUUAAUCCCUCCCAGAGACAAAAAUAGCAGUGAUGGUGAUGACAAUUCUGUGUAAGCACCUGGUGUGUUUGUUUUCUUACUAGUCCCUUUAUAUACAGUAUCUCAGUUAUAAAAGCCACCCAGAGACAGGUAUCAUUCCCACUUGACACUUGAGGAAGUACGGGUGAAACAACUUGCUCAAGGUUACCCAGUGGGUAUGUCACGGAGCUGGCCUGCAAAGUCAAGCCAUUGGAGCUUCAAAGGCCAUGUCUUGCCCCAUGUCCCAAAGCGUGAUGAGCCACAACCCAUGAGCAUUUCAUUACAACACACCAGGGGAUAAAUUGCUUUCUCUGUCUGGCUUUCCUCCUUCCUAAGAAAUGGGAUUUUAGGGUGAGAAGAUUAGGUCCAGAAUGAUGUAAGAAUGCACAGCUCCACCCAAGUCUCUGAGGUCCUUUCCUCACCAUGUAAACCAGAGGAAGGGGCUGAGUCUGCAGUAUCUCAUUUUUACCUAACAGCCAUUUGUCUGUCUGGAAGUUCUUUCAGGCCUCUACCAUCAGCUCUAAGUGCUGUGAGGAUACUGAACUUCCUUAGAGAUUGACAGCCAGACUGAGCUCCAAUCCCAAGAUUCUUCACCCAAGCCCCCCUCCCCCCAGCAAGGCCUUUCUUAUUUCUACUAAGUGUCUUUAGAAGAGCUUCUGACUCCAGGGAGGCCAGGUGAUGCACAAGCACAGGACUUACACCCAAGAGAUCAUGACUCAGUUAAAAGGUCUGUCUCCACAGACCUAAACCUCUCUGGACCAAUUCUGACACCUGAGAGAUAGCUGUGUUCCGUUUUAGAUUCUGUGUCCUCCUUUUGGGACAAAGCCGGCUAUUUUCCCUCACUGCUGAGGAAGUGAGAAGGUUACAAGUAGAAUUCCCUAGACUCCUGGGCAGAAUGCUUAUGAGUGCCAGGCCUUGGAGGCAUUUGCAGAGCCCCAGGCUCUUGCUGACACUCCCCAGCCCAGGUAAGAGCAUCUUACAAGUAGAGUCCAGAAAGGUAGCAAAGGUCAUCAGUAGAGUUCCCAGCCUCUAAGGAUGAACAGACUUGGGGCCUCUGGGCAUCCCAGGUUAGAUUGUGCUCCAGUGAAAGUGAAAGACUCAGAGGGAAGGAAUUCUCUUGGAAGAGGACUUUGAAAGGUGGAGUCCAUACAGAACCGCACAUAAGGAGGCUGAAGAGGCUUCCAGUUCACUAAUGCCAAUAUGGGACCCUUCAACACACCUCCAAGUGCCUUAAAAAGGCAUAAUAUUUCACUCUCAUUCCACACAGUAGGCACUGUGCUAGCAUGGGGAUCACAGAGAGAACAAGAAAGACAUGCUUCCUACUUUCAUGGAAUUUUGACGUUCUGUUUGGGGAAACCCAGGUACACCGGCGACGACUCAGAGUGCUGUGUGUGUGCAGUACAAAGACAGGCUUCUUUAGGGUGUUACCUGAGCUGUAGCAAGGGACCAGUAUAAGAACCACCCAGGUGAGAAAGAUCAAAGUACAGUAUUCCAACAGCAUCAGAGACAAAGAACAUCGGUCAUUAUCAGAGGCAAAAGAACACAACAUGUUUGAGAAAUGGAAAAAUUCAGCCCUCUAGGAAGGGAGUGGUCGGGGUGAGGAUGGUAAAACUUGUGGUUGGUGUUGGCAAAUGUAUUUGGGAAGAACUCGGGUGGGAAAUGUCCUGCUGUGAUUCCUAUGCCGAGAGCACACUGAACGGAGGCGACAAGAGCCUCCUCCUCCUCCUCCUACUGUGUUUAAGGUGUGAGGGCUGCACUUAGAGAGGCACAGUUAGGAGUGUUAGGAUCUUAGGGAAAGAAUAAUGGUCUGCAAAUCCAGCCCCAAGGCUCAGCCCACCUCCACCCAGCCGCUGGAGUGCACCCCUCCAGUCCUGGGUACCCCUCAUCUAUUUCAUGACAGGUUCCUGGAGACGAAGACUCAGAGGAAAAUAUAAAAUGGAGGGACAAACACCAUCAGCAAAACAGCUCUGUGCGUUGUCAGGUGUAAGGAAGGAAAGAAAGAUAACAAUCAAACUGACCUUCUCCAGGGCUUGAGGCCAGUUCACAAGACUGAUGACAUUUGGCUCAGAUCUAAGAAGGUUUGGGAUGCAGCAGAGACCUCCUUUCGAGAGAAAUCACAUCUUAUGCCCAUAAUUCACUGGGUGUAUUUAGCCUCCUAUAAAAUCUGAACAGUGAAGUCCUCCUUCUCUGUACAAACCUAGAUGGAAACCACUUCCCCAGGGUGUGACAAUAACGAUGGACACAAAGGCAUCAGAAGGGAAAACAGACACAUCUUCCCCACCAACAAGGAGGAAGGGAGCCACUGUUAGGGGACAAGCAUCAAAAGCAGAUUCACUUGGCAAGUUCCACUGAUCUUUCCAUUCAAGGACUCUCCCUUUUCUGGAGGGAAACACGAUUUCUUCACAGGAAUACGUGUUUGCUUAGUAGAACAUCAGCAUACAAAAGACAGGUAAAUAGAGGUCAAGGUGAAGCAGAUGAGUUUCCUUUUAUUGUAAAUCUAGAUCAUGGUCGGGACCACCCGCCCUUGACCACCAGGACCUUAUAGCUCUUGUGCCUUUGCAACUAGCUCUGUGAGGUUGUCAACAUUCAGGUUACGUGUCCUCCUGAGGAAGCAGUCAGCUUUUCAAGAGCUGGUACUGGAGAAGACUGCAUACCACUGUGAUCUGCUCCCAUGUAUCCAGAGAAGAAGUGGCACGGUUAAGGGGGCAGUUGAAGAGACCGUCUGCAGAAGCCUGGGAAGGGCUAGGGAAACUGACCAAGGAUGGUGGAGCUCACGGCAGGACUAACCGCAGUGAGCAGCAUCACCUCAGACCUACCAGGUAAGGGAAGGUGCAGUCGCCAGGACGAACACAAAGGUGUGUGUUGGGGUGGGGGUGGGGUCACUUCUCAGGAGCUGUGGCCUUUGGGAGGAAGCACCACGCUGCCAAGUGUGCCUGGUGGGGAGGGAACUGGGAAACUACUCUUGAUCUCUGGUCUCACCCUCUUAUCUCCUGAUGGUGCCUCACACUGGCUGAGCCCGCCUAGAAACUGGACGAAUAAAGAAAAGCAGUAGCCCAUAAAUGGCAGCUUCUGGGGACACAGAACGGGUGCCCAGAGGGACAGAUGGAGAAUAGCCAGCAGGCCAGGGAAGGGAACCCAGACAUGUUCCCCCCACCUGCCCCCCUGCCUCACCCCUCCUGGCCACUUCAGUCCCAGCUGGGGUCCUGUGCACCAUUUCCUUCCCUGCCCCAGGGACUCCCUUGGCUCCUGCUACUGCCAACACCUUUCCUAUUCUCAUCACAGUCACCGAUGAGAAGCUCGAGAUGGAGAGCAAACCCAGCUCAUGCCGAGGAAUUCUGUGGGAUAAAGUCACUACAACCAGCUGACAGAAGUUGUCAUCUUCCCAGCACCAUGGCCACCUGGAGAGAGACAUUCCGAUGUUCCUUGAAGUUUGUUCAGUGUAGGUUUGGUUUUACACAUUAGUCUCAGCUGCCUAAAGAGGCAAAGCUUAGUGUUAAUUCUCUAUGCCACGCUAUUUACACUUGCUGUAGAACAAGGUCAAGUCCAUCUCACUAAAGGGAUAGAGUAAAUGAUUUGCCUGCAGCUCCUACUUCCAAGAUCUGAAAUCAGAUCUGGAAAAUUCCAAAGCACAGACGAUGCCUACUCUUCUGUGUUCAAAUAGGCUCAAGAUGUAGAAGGCAGAGCUUCUUACAUGCUUCUUUCCUUGAGAUGCCUCUGUUAUACACAGGAACACCUUCCCCUAGGAGCCUGUAGACUCUGAAAAAAAAUAUUUCUACAUCUUCUUUCUAGCUAUAUAUCUCCCCUUUAGGCAGCUGCUCUGGACCGAGUGUUUCCUUGCCCCAGUAAUCGUCUAGGCUUAAUGUGGGUCCUCACUGACUAUUACCUUUCUCCUUCCUUGGGGGACCCUCUCCACUCCCGGAAUCUCAUCCUCGUAUUCAGCCACGAAGAAGGCAGAAAGCCCUGGCAGGGAUCUACCUUCGGGCAGACACACAAACUGAGCUCCAGGGACCAGCUCUCUCCUGUCGGACUUCACUUUCUUACACCCUCUGGAAAGUCUCUCUUCUCCACCAGCCCACAUCUGCUUUGCGAUUUUGGCCUGUAGAUUAAACACUUCAGUUUAUCCAGUGCCUGGAUGCUGGCCCCAGACUAAGCUUCGACUUACCUUAGCAUCUAGGUGGGCCCCAGAGUCUGUCAUUGCAUCUUUCAGCAUCAAUGUGAUUCAGAGAAAUACCUCAUAGCCAACCUACAGAGUUAAAUGACUAAACAGUCGCAUGCCUGCCUCAGGAGGUUUUCACUAAGGCAAGAAUGUUAUUCCUUGAGAGUCACAUUGUAUGAAGAUAUUCAUAAAUCUCAUUCAAGUAUGUAUUUGGCUUGUGUUUGGUACACUUGUGGAUAUCACAGCACAGUAAUACAUGAAGUGACAUUGUUCGAUACUUUGAAGAACAUUUGUAGAAUCCUAUCUGGUCAAUAAUCCUAUUCCUUAUUGUAGGCCUUAAGAAUAUUCUUGUCUUUUAUUUCCAGAAAAAAAAAAUUCUACUGCAUUUCAGGGCAUGAGUGAGAAGGUUCAUUUACACUUAGCCAUGCUCACUUUUCAUAAUGUCUGCUCAGAACCCAGCUCCUUCCAGCUCACUGGCAUCCCGGGACUGGAGUCUCUGCACAUCUGGCUCUCCAUCCCCUUUGGCUCCAUGUACCUGGUGGCCGUGGUGGGGAAUGUCACCAUUCUGGCUGUGGUAAGAGUGGAGCGUAGCCUGCAUCAGCCCAUGUACUUCUUCCUGUGCAUGCUGGCCGUCAUUGACCUGGUUCUGUCCACUUCUGCCAUGCCCAAACUGCUGGGGAUCUUCUGGUUUGGUGCUGGUGACAUUGGCUUGGACGCCUGCUUGGCUCAAAUGUUCCUCAUCCACUGCUUUGCCACGGUUGAGUCAGGCAUCUUCCUUGCCAUGGCUUUUGACCGCUACAUAGCCAUCUGUGACCCACUACGUCAUACAACGGUGCUCACUCAUACUGUGGUGGGACGUUUGGGGCUAGCCGCCCUUUUCCGGGGUGUUCUCUACAUUGGACCCCUGCCUCUGAUGAUCCGCCUGCGGCUACCUCUUUACAAAGCCCGAGUCAUCGCCCACUCUUACUGUGAGCACAUGGCUGUGGUCACCUUGGCCUGUGGUGACAGCAGGGUCAACAGUAUCUACGGGCUGGGCAUUGGCUUUCUGGUCUUGAUCCUAGACUCAGUGGCCAUUGCUGCCUCCUAUGUGAUGAUUGGCAGGGCUGUUAUGGGGCUGACUACUCCCGAGGCCAGGCUUAAGACGCUGGGCACCUGUGGUUCUCACAUCUGUGCUAUCCUGAUCUUCUAUGUUCCCAUUGCUGUUUCUUCCCUCAUUCACCGAUUUGGUCACCAGGUGCCUCCUCCCAUCCACACCUUGCUGGCCAACUUCUACCUCCUCAUUCCUCCAAUCCUCAAUCCCAUUGUCUAUGCUGUUCGCACUAAGCAGAUCCGAGAGAGAAUUCUCCAGAUCCUGAAGAUAGGAACCAAGAUCAGAUGACUCAUUAAGUAACUCAUGGAAAAAGCAUAUAUGGCAGGCAGAUUCCCACUGGGGAACUUUGAGCAAUCCAAGAUGUUAGGUCCUAUGGUCUGUGGGUUUUCCCAAAGCAAUGCUAUGAAAGAACGUACUGCUCUAAAUUCUAAGGGUAGAUGUCUUUUUUAAUUACUGAAGUAUGUUAAGCUACAGACAAGUCAAAACAAUGGCAACAUCAGUAACACACACAGAAGUUAGUAUAUUCAGCACUGCUACAAUUCUUAGAAAUACUUAUUUUACGAGGUAAGUUACAUUGUUCAUAUUUUAUACAUAAUAAGGCAGCAUACCAGUGCUUUAUGAAGCACAGAGUUUGAGCUUCCUAGAUCAAAUGUUUUGGUUGGAGUUUAUAAUAUGUUGCGGUAUUAUAUGCUGUGACUUGCUGCUUUCCAUGUGUACUUUAACAUGUAAAUCCUAAAAACUGGGUCAUUUAAUCAAAGUCGUCCCGGCGGAACCAAAAGCAUUUUCUGAUUUAAGCCUUUAACAACAGAGAUACUGCUAAAACUGCUUGCAUUAAUAAAACACAAAAUGUUGGAGAAAAAGACUGACCUGUAUGUCAAACAGGUAUGGGGGAAUUCCACUCGUGAAAGAAUGGCCUGGAAAAGAAAAAUCAGCUCCACACGGGAAUUGAGACAAGCCAACAAUGUCUCAGCAUUUCCCACCUGUUUUCCCUGCAGGUGCUCCCACCAGGUCACAUGGCCUGAAGCAUGCGAGGGCUCCAGGGAAAGGCAAACCUUGCCCUUCCCACAGAAACUCCCUGAUCCUCAUCCAUCUGUAGGAUUCCUGAUCAUAAAGAGCUGUCUUUUAAGUGGGUCACAAAAUUGAAGUAUGGGAUCUAGCAUUUCUAGGAAUACUGACUUUACCCUUCAGAUUAAACAUUAGAUCAACACCUUAAAAGAACGGACAAUACAUAGCACGUAGCUGCUACUGAUGGGAAAUUACAAAUGCAAUCAUGUAAUUCUCACGAUCACGCCGUACGUGGAGGAAUUACUAACCCUCCUCUGGGAAUGAAGAUAUUGAUGUUCCCAGAAGUGAUAUAAACCAAGAACCUUGGACAAUUCUAAGAGGUAAAAACCAGGAGUUAAGACAUUUGUUUCUAAAGUUAAAGCUUCUGGCCUUUCUGGUCCUUCUUCUCCUCAACUGUGAAACAGCUGAAAGGCAUCUUUCAAGUUCAAAUGACUGUGCGUUUAGCAUUCCCAACACUGUGCACAUUAGAUGUACACACUAUUCUGAGACCUGGGAGGGCACAGGUCACCACAGCAGCCUCCUCUUUGUUCUUCUCAGAGGACAACAAAGGGUAGAGCUGGAUUCUAUCCGGUCCAAUGACCAAUUGCAGGACUCCAUAUGCCAAACUGGCAGGAAGAUGUUGACUAUACUAAGAUUCAGAUAUUAAAACUCACUGGGAAAAUAAACAGAUGGGAUCUAAAUUAAAUGUAAAUGUUUCUGCACAGCAUAGGAAACCCUAAACAAAACAAAAA